AUGUUACAAGCAGCUUACUCAUCUAACAAUGUAUAUCCAAUGUCAUCAUCAUUAAAUUUUUAUAAUCCAUUUGACUCAACAACAAAUCAAAUGAAUACCUAUUUACAAACACCAUAUCAAGAAAAUAUACCACCAGUAAUGGGAAAUUCAUUAGUCCCCCAAACAUCAUUCACAAAUGUCUUUCAAGAUACAACAAAUUUUAUGUUUAAUGAUAAAAAUCUACCAAACGCAGAGGAGCAAAAAAAAUAUAGAGAAAGAAGAGAUAGAAAUAAUAAAGCAGCAAAACAAUCACGAUGUAAAAGAAGGGAACGUGAAAGAAAUUUACAAUUACGAGUGGAAGAAUUAGAAAAAGAAAAUUAUACAUUAAAAGAAAAAAUAAAACAACUAGAGAAUGAACAUUAUAGUAUUAAAAAUUAUAAUAAUAUUAAUUUAAUUAAAGAUGACAUUAAAAAUGAUUAUUAUGACAAAACUUUUGGAAAUAAUACUGGAAAUUAUUAUAAUCAACAAUUAUCAACAUCCUACUCAAGUAAUGAAACUGUUUCAAGUUCCUCACCAGAUUCAUUAUUAAAUAAAUCUAUGGAUGGACUUAAUAAAAUUGAACCAAUUACCGAUGUAUAUUUAAUGAAUGGGUUAUAA